AUGAUGAAAAUCUCAAAAUUUGAAUUAUUACCAAAUGAAGUAAUAAUCGAAUGUUUCGAAUUUAUACAUAUAUUUCACAUAUAUUAUUCAUUUGAUGGAUUAAACAAUCGUUUUAAUAAACUUAUUAGAAAUUUAGCACUGAAUCUCGAUUUCAGUUAUGUGCGCAAAGGAGCCGUUGAUAAUUUCUGUCAAACUCUAUUGUCAUUUCCAGAAAUAAAACAACGAAUUUAUUCAUUACAUUUAUCAAAUAAAGAGACAUGUGGUCAAAUUGAUACAUUUUUAUCAAAUUUUGCACCUAAUGAUUUAUCUCGUCUACAAAGAUUAACUUUAACUUAUGUUGAAAAAGAAAAUAUCAUUAAAUUAAAAUCAAUGUUACCAUUAUCAACUAAUUUAUUCUUUAUUGAUUUAAUUGCUUCACAAAUUGAUGAAGAUGAAAUUAUAUCUGUUCUUUCAUUAUCUAAAUUACAAAAAUUAUCAAUGCUUUCAUUACGAUCAUUUUUAAUACAUAUUCAACAACCUACAAUAAUAACACAUUUGACGAUUUUUAAUUGUUCUUUAUCUCAAUUACAAUAUCAAUUAUUUCAAUAUGUACCUAUGUUGAAAUACCUCAAUGUCGAAUAUCUUUCCAAAUAUAAUCGAUCAUUAAAUAAUCUUGAUAAAUAUGAUGCUAUUCAUCUAGAAAAAUUAAUUAUUGGUGAAUUUAAAUAUAAUUUUCAAGAUUUUUCAAUAUUUGCUAAACAAAUACUAAAUAUAAAAAGUUUAACAAUAUCUACGAUUAAUAAUCUAACUAUGAUUAAUGCAUUACAUUGGCAAUAUUUAAUUCAAUCUUCAUUACCUUAUUUAAGUACUUUUAAAUUCAAAUUCGGUCUGAAAAAGAGUACAAAUAAUAUUGAAAUAUGUUUGAAAAGGAUGGCUUUUUUUCAAAGUCAAUUUUGGAUUAAAAAACAUAAUUGGUAUACACAAAUACAAUCGGAUCAACAUUCGAUAUGUAUUUAUACUGUGCCUUAUUUAACAAAGACAUUUGAAAUGAAACCGAAUACUAUCAUGCAUUAUCAUACAGAUUCUCAUAACAUAAAUCUAUUCAAUAGAAUAACUAAACUUACGUUAACUCAUCAAUCAAUAACAGAUAAAUAUUCAUAUAAUUUUCCAAAUGUUACUUCAUUGACAUUAGUUUGUUCAGAUGUAAUUAUUGAUAGUUCAUUUGAACCAAUUGAUUUGAUUCAUUGUUUAAAAAUCAUGAUUAAUUUAUCAAAAUUAAAACAUUUAGAUAUUUCAAAAUAUAAAAGUAUGAUUUCAUCAGAAAAAUUAUUAGAAUUAGUAAAAGAAUCAUCUAAAUUAUCAUCAAUAAAAAUUGAUCCAGCAAUAUUAAUAUCGUUAUAUAGUAAUGAUGAAUUAUGUGAAUACUUAAUGAAAAAGAUUAAUAUAUUAAAUAUAUAUAGAUACAAUCAUUGUUCAUUUAAUAGUUUUGAAGAAAUGAUAAUGUUUCAUACAAUAUUUAAAAAUAUUGAACAAAUUAGAUGUAAUAUUAAUGAUGGAAAACAAAUUAAUUUUUUAUUAAAUCAAUUUCCAAAACUACUAGUUAUACAUAUUUAUAUGUCAUCAACAUCUAACUAUAGAUCUGUUUAUUCUUUACUUCAACAAUUAUCGGUUAGACAAAAAUUUAAUUUUCAUGUUAAAUAUGAUUCACUAAAUGUACCAGAAUUAUCUAUUUGGAAACGUUAA